UCCCGCUGGCUGUUGUUGAUGCCUGAAGUUGCUGUUGUUUGGACCCUGUGCUGCCCUUAUCUGCUCCUGACAUUGAGGCUCAUUAAAGCCGAGAAAGGGACACGGUGGGCAUUUACCGGCCGACGUGUUUAUGAGUCACCAGGGACGCGUCUCAUCGCGAGCAGUCGGGAGUUUGCGCGCUAGCGGCAGGUACAGCGAGCUCCAGCUAGCUCCGGAGCCCGACCGAGCGAAGAAAGGAAAAAACAGCCGACGCUUGGCGUGCUCUCUUUGUUUCUGUCGUGCCAGUCUGAAGCGCGUAGAUAAUCCCCUUUGUCUUGCAUUUCGGGGCUUCUCUCGCUCAUGAACGGUGUUUAUAUUUGUAGCUGUUAGCAGGCAGCUAGCUGAAGGCUAGCGUUAGCUCGUAGCGCAGGACCGUGUUGUUGACAACGUUUGGUGCUUUCGUAACCGCCCGGCUGUGACAAAUACAAAGAAAACGCUGAGAGUUGUUGGGUUUGAAGGAGUUGUUGUCGUGCCUCUGUACAAUUAUUUUAUGUGUUUAGCCUCUGGAUCAGUCGGUUCGGAGGGAACCCGGGACGCAGCCGAACAGCGGUCCGUUAUUAACCUGGAGCUUGUCGGAGAAGUUGGAUUGUAGGAUUUCAGUGAAUGCAGGUUGUUUUUUCAAUCGAUUUGUGGGAACCAAGUAAACAAGCAGCUGAUCGAGGGCUGGCCGGGUCUGUGGCUGCUGACAGAUUGCGUCAUUAGUUGUGUCCACCUGUCGGCCGGUGCUGGCGACUCGUUCACCUGAGACGUCCCAGGAAGCUGUAGCCAGGUGACAUCUGGAGUAUUUACACGUGUUGUUCUUCUCCUCUGGUACCGUUUUAAUGCCAAGGACGUGUGACAUGAGAUAAGGUGGUUCUUGUCUUGCUGUGAGCCGACCUGAGCAGCUGUUUGAUGCUCAUGACCGUGGUGGCUUCAGACAGACACGGACACAGAGUUAUGAAUUAAAGCAGCCGCCGGACGUCGCUGUGAGCAGUGCUGUGAUCAGGGAGAGGGUCCCUGCAGGGUCCCAUUGUGUCUUCAGGUGAGCUGCCCCCCACUAAUGCCAAUGCUGGAUCUGGAGGUGGUGCCUGAGAGAUCACUCGGAAAUGAGCAAUGGGAAUUCGCCUUAGGGAUGCCAUUUUCCCAGGCCAUCUCUAUCCUUCAGAAACACUGCCGCAUCAUCAAAAAUGUCCAGGUGCUAUACAGUGAACAGACGCCGCUCAGCCAUGACCUCAUACUGAACUUGACUCAGGAUGGGAUUAAGCUGCUGUUUGAUGCCACAAAUCAGAGACUCAAGGUGAUUGAAGUGUAUGACCUGAGCAAAGUCAAGCUGAAAUACUGUGGAGUCCAUUUCAACUCUCAGGCCAUUGCCCCCACAAUAGAGCAAAUAGAUCAGUCAUUUGGAGCGACGCACCCUGGAGUGUACAAUGCUGCAGAGCAGCUGUUCCAUCUCAACUUCCGAGGACUGUCCUUCUCCUUUCAACUGGACUCAUGGAACGAAGCUCCAAAAUAUGAGAUUCCACACGGGGCCAUGGUCAAGAGGAUGCACAUCUACACUGGCAACAACCUGCAAGAAACAAGAGCUCCUGCGAUGCCGUUGGCUUGUUUCCUUGGCAACAUCUAUGCAGAGUGUGUGGAUGUCCUGAGAGAUGGGGCAGGGCCUCUGGGGCUCAGACUCCGCCUCCUCACUGCAGGUUGUGGUCUCGGUGUGAUGGCGGAUGCGAAAGUCCGGUCUCUGGAGAGAUGCAUCUUCUUUGGAGAUUCCUGUCAGGAUGUACUGGGUGCUCUGGGCUCGCCACAUAAAGUCUUCUACAAGUCUGAGGACAAGAUGAAGAUCCAUUCUCCAUCGCCUCACAAGCAGGUUCCUUCUAAAUGCAACGACUACUUCUUCAACUACUUCACCCUGGGAGUGGAUAUCCUGUUUGACUCGACAACUCACCUGGUUAAGAAGUUUGUCCUCCACACCAACUACCCUGGACAUUACAACUUCAAUAUAUAUCAUCGCUGUGACUUUAAGAUUCCACUGGUCAUUAAAAAAGAAGGAGCUGAUUCUCAGACAGAAGACUGCAUCUUAACUACCUACAGCAAGUGGGAUCAGAUUCAGGAGCUGCUUGGCCACCCGAUGGAAAAGCCUGUCGUGCUUCACAGGUCCUCAUCAGCCAAUAACACCAACCCCUUUGGCUCCACCUUCUGCUUCGGCCUGCAGAGGAUGAUCUUUGAGGUGAUGCAGAACAACCACAUAGCAUCAGUGACCCUCUACGGUGCUCCACGGACCACCAGUCAGGCCCGACCCGAGUCCAGUAGUAGUUCCCAUUGAACAAGUAACCAGAACCACAUCCCAUCCUGGCCUGACCUGAAUCUAGUCCUUCUACUGACUGAAUUUCUAAUCCAGAGCCAGAUUCUGAACCAAGCAGACCUAACCGAACAACACCGUUACUCCUGGCCAGCUCAGAAGCUCCACAUUGAACAGACAUUAAUCAACUCUUCCUGCUGGUUGCUAUCCUUUCAGUCCAGCUCACUCAGUCAGCCCAACUCAGACUCUGUGAGGAAACCCAAGAUUUAGUGCCAUGGUGGCAGCGCUGGAGCACCGAGCAUGCUUUGAAGCCAAACCAGUGGAACGUAGUCUUGGUUCACGGUCCCGGUGGUGCUGCUUUCUGGUAGAGCUCAACUGUUCCAUCCUGAACCGCAUUCUCGCCCAGGACCACAGAGGAGAAAGAGUUUGUCCAGACUGUAGGAAGGCUCGGUUCCAGCAGUACGACGCAUCAGCAGACCGUAUGGGACAGAACCCUCUGGACCACUGUGGUGCUGAGACAACAGGCAUUUCAAAUCAUCGGCUACAAACUUCAAAAACGUUUUGCAUCCAGGUUCCUGUGGCCAGAGUCUAGAAACAAACUCUGCUUUGACCCACUGAAUUCAUUACAAACAACCACACUGCCAGACCAACCGGUACCGCCUGUCUUCCUGCCUGAACUUCAGAACCCCACCCAACUGGCUCAGUCAAACACCCCGGACACAAUCAAACCAAACCAGUCCAGCCCAACCACGAGCCAUCAGAGCCAAACGCGCUGAAAAAGCUGCAGAGGACUUAAACCAAAAAACCCCACACAGGACCAUGAGAAUCACAAUUUAGUCACACAUGACAAGAACCAGUCGCACUCAGGGUCUGGGGAGAGACGUGGUCCAGAACGCAACCUGCUCGAUGGCCAGGCUUGUCCAACCAGAUGUGAAGCCUCUUCAAGCAUCCCAGCAUCCAGCAUCGCCUCCUCCGAUUACCGUCUCCCUCUUCAUCCUCCUCCUCUUCCUCCACUUGGUCCAGUGGUGCCCACUCAGACACAAGCACACAGCAGUCAUCGACCCACAGCUGCUGCAGCUCUGGACUUGGUCUCGUUGCUUUCACAAACACGACACGCUGACAUAAACAAGCAUCUGCAUGUGUUGGGCCGCUGACUGUCAAAGUGACAUUUCAUGAGACGGUAACUGAAGCACACACUCAGCAUCUCAGUCCCUCCACUACUGGACUCACAUGUAGAUGAAUACAUGAAGCUGGUGAAACAAACAGACAUGCAGGCAUGACACAAGAAUUUGCAUGAACUUGGCAGACGUUCUGACUUAUUACAAGCACAAGCCUGUUUUGUUUGAUAAAGAAUCUUCCUGCAUGUUUGGAGAGGCCUAGAGUCGACUCACAUUUCCUGUCCUCCUCUCUGCCCGUCGUCACUCACACCGUCUCCAUUUAAAUUGUGUACUGUUGUUGUUUUAGAUCCAUUUUUACAUUUGCACUAAAACACACCUUUUUACUUGAUUGACUGAUUGUGCCCUGCACUCAGACGGGUCUGUGGACAGUGUGUUUUACUCAUAGGUUUGGGCAGAAGAGAAGUUCUCCUCAGUGUUCUCCAUCUCUGCUCUGCGCUUUCUUCAUCUCCUACAUCUGACUGAUGCAUUGCACAUCAUCCCUCAGCAUUUAUUCUUUGUUGUGUUGCCAAAUGCUGCAGCCAGACGCUUCAGGAGGUUUUCAUUUGACACCGUCGCUGUCAUCUCUCGUCUAAACUUGUCCCGACGGGGAGAGUCGUGUUUGGCUGUCUCCAUUCUGUCGCAUCUUUUGUUUUAAACUUGCACAUCAGAGUCAUUCGCUGUGGUGACGCCUCUAAAUUCAGCUCCUGGUUUCUGUAACUGCUGGCAGCAAUUAGACGACAUGAACAGAUGACUGAAGGCGCUCAGUCCUUCUGUUGUCUGGAUCUGAUUACAGCUACAUGCAAAUAACAAAAGGACGUAAGCAGAGCUCUGGUGUGAGUGUCUGCAUGCAGGCUGCUUGUUGUUGUCAGUGAGCUGUGAUUUACAGAGCUGCCAUUGUUUAUCUGUGGAUUUAGGAUGUUUGAACCCAUCUGGGACAAAGGGGGACAAGCAUCGGUCAUCCCGUCAUCAUAACGUGUGACGGCUUCCUCCCAGUCUGCACAUUCUUUAUAAUUACAAGCAAAUUAAUAAACGGUGUACUAAUUUGAA